GCUGAGCGUAAAGAGUAGAUCAAACGCACUAGCCAGCUUGGUGAGCUCCUCUUGAGCGUGAAGGCCACGGUUGCGCCCAGUAAUGUUUGUGUCUUCGUCGAACGCAAUCUAAAAGUUGUCGACUCCUUGCUCCCAUUUUUCACCCCCUCCUCCAGGCUUCCAAGUAUCAAGAACGACGGUGAGGUGCUGAACAAACCAGCGUACAAUGGCGUAUAAUAGCGCAUUUAACCCGGAUGCGCUUCCAGCGCAUGCAGAGCCGGAGCAGGCUGCGCAGAUGCUAGGGCAAAUGCGGUCUUCCCAUCCGCAAUCUCACGCCCACAGUCAGCCACCACCAGGCGGCGGACUUCCGCCGCGUGCCCAUCCAAAUGCUCCACAUCACCAGCAGACUUACCCCCCAGCUUCAAGACCUCCUGUUCCGAGUUCGAAUACUGGUAAUCGAAUAUAUUCACCUCCUCCACAGAGCUAUGGCCAUGGCCCACGACCCAUGCACCCAACGCAGAACCGCCCUCCCGCAUCCUCUUUGCCCCCGCGGACACCCCGGCCGGGACAAGCGCCCGGAGUGCCCGCAUCCGACAAUCCCCAAGAUCUCUUCCCGCUCUUUCGUGCCGCGAACGCUUCUAACACAGGCUCAUUAUCUGAACACGAGUUAGGAUCCGCACUGGUAAACGGAGACUAUACUUCUUUCGAUCCCCAAACGGUUAAGAUGAUGAUCCGAAUGUUUGACAGAGACGGCAAUUGUCGGGUGACAUUUGAUGAAUUUGUUGCGCUAUGGCGCUUUUUAGCUGCCUGGAGAGAAUUAUUUGACCGGUUUGAUGAAGAUCGCAGUGGCCGCAUCAGUUUACCAGAGUUUAGUAAGGCGCUGGUCGCAUUUGGCUAUAGGUUGAGCCAAUCGUUCGUGAAUCUCCUAUAUAAGACCUUUGAGAAUAAAGGUCGAGGAAGGGGUGCUCCAGUUCUAUCCGGCGAAAAGGGUGGGAUGAGCUUUGAUCUAUUCGUUCAGGCCUGCUUGACGUUAAAAAGAAUGACGGAUGUGUUCAAGAAGUAUGACGAAGACCGGGAUGGUUAUAUAACAGUGAGCUUCGAGGAGUUUUUAACAGAAAUAAUACAGCUACGAGAAUAG